AAUAUAUAUAUUAGAAAAAUUAUUCGUACGAUUAAAAGAAAAGUUGACACGAGGAGCUGCGUCCGAUUCGCGCCGUCCAGUUGGCCGCGAACCGCCACGCGCAUGCGUCGUUCGCUGUUUUGCGUCACAUGACAUUUGCGCGCCAAUCAAUCGUAAUUUUUAACUUUUUUUUUAAUUCGUGAAGUGUCAAGUGUAGUGUUAAGAAUUUCUAGUGGAGUUAUCGAAACGGAUUAAAAGAUGGGUUGCGCGAGGAUAUUCGCGGCACUUCGCCGUUGUAAGCAACUAGAAGACGACAGUACAACUCAACUAUCAAGAUGUCUCGGUCUUAUCGACCUGACAGCACUGGGCGUGGGCAGUACCUUGGGGUUAGGUGUGUACGUGCUGGCUGGAGCGGUGGCCAAGACCGUCGCAGGACCAGCUGUGACACUUAGCUUUUUAGUCGCAGCGAUAGCAUCUGCGUUUGCUGGUCUAUGCUACGCAGAGUUCGCUGCAAGAGUUCCCAAAGCUGGUUCCGCUUACGUCUACAGUUAUGUCAGUGUUGGUGAAUUCGUUGCUUUUACCAUCGGGUGGAACCUCAUCUUGGAAUACGUUAUCGGCACAGCCAGUGUGGCCAAAGGCAUGGCCAACUAUGUAGAUAGUCUGUGCAACAAUACCCUGGCAAAUACAAUGACUUCCAUCGCUCCGAUUAAUGUUUCAUUUCUUGCUGAUUAUCCAGAUUUCUUUGCGUUCGCUUUGGUGCUUAUGAUUACUAUUCUUCUCGCGGUUGGAGUGAGUGAGUCUACAAAAAUAAACAAUGUCUUCACAGCUCUCAACAUGACCACUGUUGUUGUCGUCGUUAUUGCUGGGGCGAUGAAAAGUGACCCGGCAAACUGGAGAAUCAACGUUGAAGAUAUACCGGAAGACCAACGCGCUUCAGCCGGCGCGGGAGGCUUCAUGCCGUGGGGGGUCGCUGGGGUGAUGGCCGGCGCUGCUAAGUGUUUCUUCGGUUUUGUCGGCUUUGACUGCGUGGCUACCACGGGCGAGGAGGCCAAGAACCCCAAGCGAGACAUCCCUCUUUCUAUCGUGUUGUCUCUUGUCAUCAUAUUUGCGUCAUACUUUAGUAUUGCAACUGUUCUCACUAUGAUGUGGCCGUAUUACCUUCAGGACGCAGAUGCGCCAUUCCCGUACGUGUUCACGCAAGUAGGCAUGCCAGUGGUGCGGUGGCUGGUGACUGGGGGCGCUGUGUGCGCGCUCUGCACCAGUCUGCUGGGCGCCAUGUUCCCUCUGCCGCGUGUCCUCUACGCGAUGGCGAGUGACGGCGUGCUCUUCAGACCUCUCGCCGCCAUCAAUGCCAAGACUAAGACCCCAAUGCUCGCUACGAUACUCAGCGGAUUGUUAUCUGCAAUAAUGGCGGCAAUCUUCAACCUCAACCAGCUGAUAGACAUGAUGUCAAUUGGUACAUUGCUCGCUUACACCAUUGUGGCGACCAGCGUACUCAUUCUUAGAUACGAUGAGCACGGAGAGUUGCAGCUUAAAAAUGGCAAACCGUUACCCGAGACCCCGUACACGGUGGUGCGGCAGAUCUUCAACCUGCUGGGUUUGAAGCAUCCCACUGAACUGUCAGCUAACAUCGCUAAGUGGAGCAUUGGUAUACUAGGCGUGGCGGCGCUGGGCACGUGCGCGGUGAUGCGGUGGGAGGUGCCGAGCGCGGAGCUGCAGGUGGCGCUGUUCGCUGCGGGCGCGGGCGUGCUGCUCGCGCUGCUGGUCGUGCUGUACCGCCAGCCCAGGAAUGACGUCACACAUCUCACCUUCACCGUGCCGCUAGUACCUCUGGUGCCGUACCUCAGCGUGUGCAUGAACCUGUACCUGAUGAUGCAGCUCGACUACCAGACCUGGGUCCGGUUCAUCAUCUGGCUCGCACUCGGAUACCUAAUCUACUUUAUCUACGGUAUCAAAAAUAGCUCGUUACGGAUAGAGUCUACGAAGCUGACGAAGAACGGCGUAGAAGAGAAACACGUAGUAACAAAAUUCUAAAAAAAAAUUAUGUUUUUGUACUGACGUUUAAGCAAAGGGUAAGAAAAGAUUUUUGACAUACUGGCAUUUUAUUAAUGUAUCUUUUUGGUAUGUAUGAAGUGUGAUAUUUAUUAGGUUUAGUAAUUUUUAAUUAUUUUAUACUAGAUUUUAGAUUUUGAAUUAAUCUAGUAAUAAAUAUAGCUUAUUACUCAGUGAUAAAGUACCUUUUUAACUUUAAAAUAAUUUUUAAAAUCGGUCCAGUAGUUUUUGAGUUAAUUCGUUACAUACAAAAAUACAAAUUUCUCCUCUUUAUAAUAUAACUAUAGAAUAGAUGGGUUGAAAUUAUAUUAAUAAAUGGAGUUAUUGUCACGUUCAGUCAUUUAAUGUCUACUAAGCUUCCCUUAGUGUAGAUUUACUUGAAGAAAAUCCUAGGUCCUUCCUUAGUGUCUUUGAGUUUAAUAAGAUAUAUUAAGUUUAUAUUAGAUUUAUGACUUUGCCAUGUUGUAGAUAAUUUUUAAACAAUUUAUAUUAAAUCUUAUAUAUAUAUAAAAAUCAAUUGCUGUUCGUUAGUCUCGCUAAACUCGAGAACGGCUGUACGGAUUUAUCUUAUCUUGGUCUUGAAAUGUUCGUGUAGGUCUAGGGAAGGUUUAAAAGGUGAGAAAAAUUCGCAUAACGGUCGCAGGCGACAGCUAGUUAAGGAUAAAUGAUAACAUUGCUCAAUAAGUUAAUUUGUGAACAGUGAUACGGUAGCGUUAUUGUGAUAGUGGGUUCGAUUCCCAAUUAAUUUUAAAAAAUGAAUUUGCCUAUAUUUAGGAUUUUAUAGAUUUUUCUCCAUUAGUUUAUUCCCUAAUAACGAAUUUUUAUUUGGACAUCAUUUAACUUCUAUUCAUGUUUUCAAUAAGAUUUCAUAUUUUAAUAAAUUGUUAAUGUACUUAAGACAUAAUAUAAGACAUGGAUUUAUUUCAUUAUGUGACUUAUCUUUAUAUAACAUUAGGUUUUCAUUGCCGUACAAACAAAAACAUCUUAUCAUUGCUUUCAUUAUAGUUGAAGGAACAGUAGAUAUACAUCUUUUUUAAGUUACAGCAGUGGAAACUUACUGUAAAAUAUAUAAAAAUAUUUCAUGCUAUGGUUAAUUUAUUUAAGAUUUAACCUGUG